UGUCGUUGAAAAUAAAACUCUCACUUUGCCACGGUUACGACCUUUAGCCCCUGCAGCCAUGUCAACGAGCAUCGAAGACCAAGCUCUGUCGUCAACUGGCAGCGAUCUGAAGUGCGACGGGUACGGCAUCUCCCUUGUCGUUUCGUCGGUUUUGUUCGUUCUGUAUCUUGCGGUGCACGCCAAGAAGAACCUCAACAGCCUCUGUCGUCGAGGCUCCUAUGUUGUCGUUUCCUAUUUUGCCCUCCUCUGGCUCGUCACGCUGUUGAACCUCGCAUGGUCUUUUCUUCAGGCAUGGCAGUGCUCUCCUGGAAAGGAGGUUGCAUGGAAUCUCCUGUCAUUAUUUACAGCAUCUGGUAUGUUGUGUCUAGAGAUAAGCUUGAUGGCUUUCUUGCUGAAGGAUAACUACAUGAAUGGCAUGGAAGCUCUAGCACACUCUUUCCUUGCAACAGGAAUUAUUGUCUUUGUGGACACCCUUCUUAAGGCAAUAUAUGUUUUUGGAGUUGGGGUCCCAUUGUUCAAUCACAAUGUUAGAAGUACUCAUACGAUCAAGUGGAGUUUGUGGAUAAUACAUAAAUUAUUGCUUGCUGCAGCAUAUGGCUUCAUUUUAUUUGCAAAUUUCUCCAAAUGGAGAGAGAAGCUGCCUCCAAGGCCAUCUUUCCACAACUAUGUUGCUGUAAUGUUUGUCUUCAGUGUGAUUACCCUGUUUGCUUGUGGACUAGCAGCAAUUGACGCUGGACUUGGCAAUUGGUUGUAUGAUCUCACUGUGCUUUGUUAUCACUCUUUGUAUCUUCCAUUUCUUUACGUAACUUUUCUUGCAGAUUUUUUCCAGGAGGAGGAUUUCCUUUUGGACAACGCAUAUUACUCCGAGAUGAAAGAUGCCGGAUUCUUUGAUGCUGACUGGGAAUAAUUCCUCAAAAAAUUAUACAUGGAACUGACCGGCUUUUUGUGUCUGUGCACUGUAAAUAUUAGACUUUCUAACUAAAUCAAGUUGAACUCUGCUCCGUCAACAUCUCAAUGAUAUGUUGGAUUUGUAUGACCCUAGCUGCAUGUGAAAUGCAGCUAUAGGAAUAGUGCUUUUGAAAUUGAUCAUAUUUUUAUUAACCAAGGACAUACUUACUAACCAAGAAAAAAAGCUCCAAAAUCCACACAGCAUUAAGAUAUCUUUCUGAAGAAUAAGUAGUGCCUCAAAUUGUCAUCAGCAACUGUAUUUUGCAAUUCUAAACACCAUAUUGAAAAUUCAUAGUUUUGGAAAA